GUGUUCCAGUAAUAGGGUGUGUUGUUUCUGUGUUCCAGUAGUAGGGUGUGUUGUUUCUGUGUUCCAGUAGUAGAAUGUGUUGUUGCUGUGUUCCAGUAGUAGAAUGUGUUGUUGCUGUGUUCCAGUAGUAGAAUGUGUUGUUGCUGUGUUCCAGUAGUAGAAUGUGUUGUUGCUGUGUUCCAGUAAGCGGGUGUGUAGUUUCUGUGUUCCAGUAGUAGGGUGUGUUGUUUCUGUGUUCCAGUAGUAGAAUGUGUUGUUGCUGUGUUCCAGUAGUAGAAUGUGUUGUUUCUGUGUUCCAGUAGUAGAAUGUGUUGUUGCUGUGUUCCAGUAGUAGAAUGUGUUGUUUCUGUGUUCCAGUAGUAGGGUGUGUUGUUUCUGUGUUCCAGUAGUAGGGUGUGUUGUUUCUGUGUUCCAGUAGUAGGAUGUGUUGUUUCUGUGUUCCAGUUCCAGUAGUAGGGUGUGUUGUUUCUGUGUUCCAGUAGUAGGGUGUGUUGUUUCUGUGUUCCAGUAAUAUGAUGUGUUGUUUCUGUGUUCCAGUAGUAGGGUGUGUUGUUUCUGUGUUCCAGUUCCAGUAGUAGGGUGUGUUGUUUCUGUGUUCCAGUAGUAGGAUAUGUUGUUUCUGUGUUCAGUUCCAGUAGUAGGGUGUGUUGUUUCUGUGUUCCAGUAGUAGGAUGUGUUGUUUCUGUGUUCCAGUAAUAGGAUGUGUUGUUUCUGUGUUCCAGUAAUAGGAUGUGUUGUUUCUGUUUUCCAGGUUGGCCUUCCUUCUAUGACCUGGUAAAGGAGGAAUCAGUCACUGUAACAGACGAUUUCGCCUACGGGAUGCACAGAGUUGAGACCAGCUGUAGUCAGUGUGGUUCUCACCUCGGACACCUGUUUGAUGACGGCCCCAGACCCACAGGGAAACGAUACUGCAUCAACUCUGCCUCUCUGGGCUUCCAGUCCGCCUCAGCCUCUAGCCCACCCAGCGGGGCUGGGGCACUGGAGCCAGCAGGAGCUGGGGCUGGGGCUGGAGCUGGGGCAGGAGCUGGGGCUGGGGCAGGGGCAGGAGCUGGGGCAGGAGCUGGGGCUGGAGCUGGGGCAGGAGCUGGGGCUGGGGCAGGGGCAGGAGCUGGGGCAGGAGCUGGGGCAGGAGCUGGGGCAGGGGCUGGGGCAGGGGCUGGGCCAGGUGGUGCGGUCGGGGGCAAGACUGAGCUCUGAGUAAAAGGUCUCCUUGGUCUUGGACAGAUUUCAGGAUUACAGGAAGUACAGGCACGGUCACUCACUCCUUAUCCAAACUGGUGGCCUAGGUCCUGGUCAAAAUGUUACGAACAGAACAGAGAACAGCUGGAGAAUAAAGGUUACACAGAUCCGAAAACAGUCAUCCAACUAGGUUAACACAGAUCUGAAAGCAGUCAUCCAACUAGGUUACACAGAACCCGAAAAACAGUCAGCCAACUAUGUUACACAGAACCCGAAAAACAGUCAGCCAACUAGGUUACACAGAACCCGAAAAACAGUCAGCCAACUAGGUUACACAGAACCCGGAAACAGUCAGCCAACUAGGUUACACAGAACCCGAAAAACAGUCAGCCAACUAUGUUACACAGAACCCGAAAACAGUCAGCCAACUAGGUUACACAGAACCCGAAAAACAGUCAGCCAACUAGGUUACACAGAACCCGAAAAACAGUCAGCCAACUAUGUUACACAGAACCCGAAAAACAGUCAGCCAACUAGGUUACACAGAACCCGGAAACAGUCAGCCAACUAGGUUACACAGAACCCGAAAACAGUCAGACAACUAGGUUACACAGAACCCGAAAUCAGUCAGCCAACUACAGUCAGCUCAAUAAGGGGCCAUCAGCACCCCUUAGAAACAUGUGGAACAUGAUGCCUCUUCUGUGGCCAUGUAGGUUACACACAGUAAAACACAGUCGGUCAAACACAGUCUGUCAAACACAGUCGGUCAAAUGACCCCAGUAGCCAUGUACCAAGCUGGCCCACCACUGGCUACCAGCCUUAAUAAAUAGACCUCUACUGUACUAUACAACUGUCUGAGGAGGCACAUAUUGGAUGACCCCAGUAGCCAUGUACCAAGCUGGCCCACCACUGGCUACCAGCCUUAAUAAAUAGACCUCUACUGUACUAUACAACUGUCUGAAGAGGCACAUAUUGGAUGCAGUUCCACGUUGCUCACAUUGCUUUUGACCGUUUACAAGUUUAGAUCAUAUUUUAAAGUAUAUAUAUCAACUGUUAUAUAUUUUUCUUUCUAGUAUAUUUAAAACUUUAUGCUUUUGGGGGGGGUGAAUGAAUGAUAUAUUAUUAUGAUUGUGUGGACUUGACUUUGAAGAACAAUGUGUGUUGUUUAAAAAAUAAACAAAAAGUGAUAUUUGAUACAGAGGGGUUGAUAGUUUGAGGACGACGCUCCUAUGAGACACACACACACACACUACACACACACACACCACACACUACACACACACACACUACACACCACACACUACACACCACACACUACACACUACACACUACACACACCACACACUACACUACACACAUACUACACACACCACACACUACACACUACACACACACACACUACACACACCACACACUACACACUACACACACACUACACACACUACACACACACACACUACACACACUACACACACUACACUACACUACACUACACACACACACACACACACACACACACUACACUACACUACACACACACUACACACACUACACACACACACUACACACACUACACACACACACACACCACACACUACACACACACACUACACACACACACACACCACACACUACACACACACACACACACACACACACACACUACACACACUACACUACACCCUACACACUACACCCUACACACACACACACUACACACACACACACACUACACACACAUACACAUACACACCAAUAAGAAAGACACACUACACACACACACCAACACACACACACUACACACACACACACUACAUACACAUACACACCAAUAAGAAAGACACACACACACACACUACACACACACACCGACACACACACACACACACACACACCAAUAAGACGCACCACACACACACCGACACACACACACACCACACACUACACACACACACACACCACACACUACACACCACACACACUACACACACACACCGACACACUACACACACACACAUACACUACACACACACACACACACCAAUAAGACAGAGCAGAUUGUGUUCAGUGUGAAUACCACACUAGCCUGUCUUUCUGAAUGUUUCUCCUGUCCUUCCACUCCCUGCUGUUGGUCCUUCUAUUCUCGUCUCCAGUUGAAUAUGUUUGUUUUUCCUUGUGUUUUUGAAUCCCAGACUUGUAUUGACAGAAAGUUAUAUUAAAAUAAACCUUGACAUAGUAA